AUGAAGGUGAGUGGCCGGGGUAAUGAGGCGACUGUCCUGGGUAGUGAGGUGACUGCCCUGGAUAUUUUGAUGAUUCUCUCGAGUGUGGUGGGUAUUGUGGUGACUGAGCCGGAUAAUGUGGAGAUUGAUAUCCGGAAUGCCCAGGGUGAGAUGCGUGUGGUGGAUGUGGGGGGUAUUGGCCAGGAUGCUGGGAAGGUUGGCCUGGAUACUGUGAGUGCGGUGGAUAUCCUUGAUGAUCAAAAGGAGCGAGAGGAUUUGGUCCUCCUCUUCUCAUAUGGUCCCGAGGGUCACCGCUGCUACCAGGUAAUGCGUGAGGAUGAGGCGGAGGACUAG